AUAGUGCGAGUGAUAGUGCUUACCAUUCAGAGAGAGAGAGAGACACAGAGAGAGAGAGAGAGUAUUCACAUGGAAGGGUGUUCUUGCUGUCUUCGUCUUUUAGUGAGAAGAUGAUGUAGGCAGAGUUGUUCGGUUGGAAAUUAUAUACAUGAGGACCAGACUAAGCUCUUAUAUGCCACUGCUCAUGGACAUCUGCUGCAGAAACAACCUGGAAAAAAAAUCUCUGAAACUUUCACAACCUGAGAAAUAAUGUAGUGGAACAUAGGACUGAACAGUGAUGGACAAUUUCACACAACAGAGUGAGACUGUAAGAUAUGGAAACAGAAAACAGACUGCCACUUGAUUUUUUGGGAACUGGGAUAAUUUUUCAUGGAUCUAAGGAUCAGAUGUGCCUCAGAAAUUAAAGUCUUGAUGAAUAUAGUGUUGACGUCUGACUGUGAUGUCCUGGGAAAGGCCUUGAGUGAAGCUUCAUCAUAAAAAUCAGCGUGUCGGCUUUUACCAGGAAAGCAGAGAUGACCAAUGCACCCACAUUGCUCCACUGGUUACCUGGCCUCACUCUCACAGGGUGUUUCAAAGGUCAGAACGUUCAUUUUCAUGAGAUGGAAAAAUAGACUUAAAGCUGAACAACAUUGGAAGACAUCGUCCCUACACAACCCGAAAUGCUCUGCUCCUCCAAGAACAAUGUAACAUCACGCUUGAAAAUAGUAGUCCAAAAUGAGGAUAUACAGCGCAGAUCAUCGCAGAGGUUGUCGUUCAGAUUCCCCUUUGCGUUUCAAUGGGUUGCAUCAUUUGGUUGCCCAUCGGGACACUGCUGACACUUUCUGCAAGUGGGGGACAUCGCUGACGUUGUCUGUGCAAUACAGAGGAGACCCCUGAAGCUUUGAAGUUCAGAUCCUGAUUCCACACCUCAGGCAGGACAGUACUUUGGGAUCACCAUCAUGAUCAAUGUGACUCCCAGUGAUUCACUUGAGAAGGUUCACGUCCACUACAAUUUUCUGGCCCUGGCCUUGGGAGUCCCACUUAUCCUGAUCAUUAUCCUGGGGAAUGUCCUGGUGUGUCUGAGUGUGCUCACAGAAAGGUCCCUGAAAACCGCCACCAACUACUUCAUUGUCAGCCUGGCAGUGGCCGACCUCCUCCUAGCUGUGCUGGUCCUUCCCCUGUAUGUUUACUCAGAGUUUCUGGGUGGCAUUUGGACUCUGAACACGUACAUCUGUGAUGCCCUGAUGACCAUGGAUGUGAUGCUGUGUACCGCUUCCAUUCUUAACCUAUGUGCCAUCAGCGUCGACAGGUACAUAGCGGUGGUGGUCCCUUUGAAGUACAACAGGAAUCAGUUCAGCGUGCGGCAGCUUGUCUUGAUCGCGGCCACCUGGAUCCUGUCUUUCGUGGUGGCUAGCCCCGUCAUUUUCGGCCUGAACCGGGUCCCCGGCCGGGACGCCAGCGUGUGCAAGCUGGAGGACGACAACUUUGUGGUGUACUCGUCCGUCUGCUCCUUCUUCGUGCCUUGCCCCGUCAUGCUGCUGCUGUACUACUGGAUGUUCCGCGGCCUGAGGAGGUGGAGCGCCAGCCGGAGGUCCAACCUGCUCCAGGGCGAGCGCCACUUCUCCCUCAGCCUGAGGAACCUGCGGCACAACCGGAGGUCGAAGGUCAAGUACCUGAUGCCCGCCCUCAGCCCCAGCCCCGGCGCGGCCGAGAGGGCGCCCAUUCCCGCCGCCGAGAACGACCUGAUGACCACCCACAUGGACAGCGCGUCGGACGGCGAGGCCGGCGAGCGGGCCGCCGAGGGCAGCCCCAAGCAGAACGGGCUGAGGUGCCGCGGGUCCGAGAGGGGCUCGCACCGGAAGAGCAGCCGCGUGAGCGGCCGCGAGCGCAAGGCCAUGAAGGUCCUGCCCGUCGUCGUAGGUGUAUUCCUGGCCUGCUGGACACCUUUCUUUGUGGUCCAUGUCACCAAAGUUCUCUGCACGUCCUGUGACAUCGGCCCAACGCUCAUCUCCGUGGUGACGUGGCUCGGCUACGUCAACAGUGCAGUCAACCCCAUCAUCUACACUGCCUUCAACACCGAAUUCAGGAAUGUCUUUCACAAACUCUUGUGCUGUCAAACAUAAAGCCAUAAGUGGUUGCCUGCAUGGUGGACAAGGUCUUGUUUUUCUCAUGAGUUCAAUAGAUUUACAUACACUGUAGUCAACAUUGUUUUGUAAACAGUUAUUAUCAUACACAGUAGUACCUUUAAUGCCUUAGUUGAUGUAAUAAUUGAGCUAAAAGAUGACAAAAGCCAUCAGUAUUCAUACUAUGGCAGCGUUCAAACUGAAUGAGACAUAUCUGUAAAAUAUGGAUACAAUAGUUUAUAAAUCAUGCUGAGAUCAUAGCCCAGAGGCAUAAAAUAUGUGAAAAUGUGCAUAAGUGUGUCUGCUUUGGGUGUGUGCUGUUCUUUUUCUGUGCCUUGUACAGCUUGUCACUUUUGCUAUAAAUAGGAGUUUGUCUUAAAAGCCUUACUUGUGUUCUCUGCUUACAUUUCUGUGGAAUAUCAGUUGGACAGAGGUGUUUUAAUGUCUGGCCACAGGGACAAGGGAAUCAUGGGAAUGUGUUAUUGAAGAUAAUUUGCAGUCUUCACAAUUUUCAAUCCAUAAGCAAUCAGGUUUUUACUGACGUCUCACAAUGAAUAAUUGUGUUUGUCUGUGGAGACCAAGGAUACAAUUCUAUUGAAAAUGGCAGAUACUGCACAUUUCCAGUGUUUUGAGCAUUAUGUGGAAAUGACUAAUAUGUUGUUUUGUUGUCUUCAGAAUCAGCCUGUAUUGACGUGCUACAGAAUUACUGUACAGAGAUGGUGUAAUAUGUAAACAAUGUUCUUCGUCCAAAUGGUGGAAAACAAUAAAACAAGAAUGUUCCACAGUU